CAGAGUGUUUUUUUUUCUCCUGCUCUAUCGCUCUCUCUUCGCAUUUGCGCUCUCCAUUAGUGAGGUGACGGGAUACUUCUCUGUCUCUCCAUAUUUUCUCUCUUUCUCACUCUCCCUCUCUCUCUUCCUCCUCCGCUUCCUCUAACAGCAGGGAUGUAGUCCUCUGCCUCUUUCAAACUUCAGCACCUGCUAUGCUGAGAACUCCUUGGUGACCUCUAUUGAUUCUAUUGAGACCUUUUUUGUCUCUCGCUCCUUACUGAGAUAUUUUGCUCCACUUGUUUGAGAGGAUCUAAGUGGACCUUAUUGGGUUUGGAAGGUGUUUGAUUUCUCUCUGUACCCUGGUACAGGACCAUGGCCAUGAAGGAGACCAUUCUGCCCAUCAGCGAGGUGUCUGGCCCGGCCCCGUUGCCCUACCCGGAGGUAGUGGAGCUCAACGUGGGCGGCCAGGUGUACGUCACGAAGCGCUCCACCCUGGUCAGUGUGCCCGACACCACCCUGCACGCCAUGUUCACCCGGUGCCCGCCACGGGAGCUACCAAGGGACAGCCGCGGGCGCUUCUUUAUCGACCGCGAUGGCUUCCUGUUCCGCUACGUGCUGGACUUCCUGCGAGACCGGCAGCUGGUGCUGCCCGACCACUUCCCUGAACGUGAGCGCCUGCAGAGGGAAGCCGAGCACUUCCAGCUGGGCGAACUGCUGCGCCUCCUGGGGCCCCGGGUGGGUUCCAAGCAGGGCUCCAUGAAUGAUGAAGGCUGCCACAGUGAUAUUGAGGAGAGCUCACAAAGCAGUGAGUACCCCACAUGUCGUACCUUGACUUCCUCGGACAAGAGGUCAGGGUUCAUCACCAUUGGCUACAGGGGAUCCUACACCACGGUGCGGGACAACCAAGCCGAUGCCAAGUUCCGACGCGUGGCCAGGAUCAUGGUGUGCGGACGCAUCGCCCUGGCCAAAGAGGUGUUUGGGGAAACACUGAACGAGAGCAGGGACCCAGACCGGCCACCGGAGAAGUACACGUCAAGGUUUUACCUCAAGUUCACCUACUUGGAGCAGGCAUUUGACCGGCUUUCUGAGGCUGGCUUUACAAUGGUGGCUUGUAAUUCCACGGGAACAGCCGCUUUUGUCAACCAGUACAGGGACGACAAAAUCUGGAGCAGCUAUACGGAGUACAUCUUCUUCAGGCCGGCAUCAAAGAUCGUCUCCCCCAAACAGGACUGUGAGGAGCGCCAGAAGGACAAACUGGGCACCGACAAGGGCAGCGAGAGCGGCACCUCCCUCAACGAACUCUCCACCUCCAGCUCCGAGACCCACUCUGAGGCCACCUCGCCUCAGGACGGUCCCAACUUGGGUGGGGGAGGCGGCGGGGGAUCCAUGGCCCCCUGCGGAGCCCUCCAGUCUGUCUCCCGGCAGCCCAGCACCCUCACCCUGGGGCGGCCCUCCAAGAAGGGCUCGUCAGUGCAGUGGAUGCAGCUGCCGAAUAAGCGACGCAACAGCGAGCUCUUCCAGUCGCUGAUGGGGCGCGAGGGCGGCCUGAGCAGGAAGAAGAACACGGAGAGACCCAGCGCAGAGGAAGAGAUGAAGCAGUGCAUACAGGACUUUAACAACAUCAAAAUCCCACAGGCUUUCCCCGAGCGCAAGCGGCAGUGGCAGUCCGAACUACUCCAAAAGUACGGUCUAUAGGGACCCUUUUCUAUCACCAUGCCACAUGCAGUAGUAAUUUUAAUUUGGAUUCCCCCCAUUUGGCUGGUUUUAAGUGCUUGAUUCAUUCUAAAAUGUCUUCCAGUUCAAAUGAACUUAAAAGGAUCAUAAACCAACUGUUUUUGUGACGGGAGGCACGAGGUUAGUAAGCACAUGCAUUUCGGGGGCACAUGUUAAAAGAAGCACAGCAGAUCUCCCCUUUAACGGUAUGUUGUCUCUUCAAUUCUAGAUUGCAUUGGAGAUUACGUUCGAAACAAUAUGCCUAUGUGAACAGUAUAUGGCUACUUGACAUUUAGUGGCCAGUUUACAAGGUACACCACCCCGUUCACAAAAAUGGUUUGCUCCUACAGACAGCGAGUCAGGCGGCUGUGGCAUGCUAUAUAAAGCAUGCAGACAUGCAAAGAUGCAUUCAGUUAGUGUUCGACUGAAUGUUAGAAUGGGCAAAAUACAGUUGAAGUCGUAAGUUUACAUACGCCGUAGCCAAAUACAUUUAAACUCAGUUUUUCACAAUUCCUGACAUUUAAUCCUAGUAAGAAUUCCC